AAAGUCUUCUUCAGCCUGAUCCUCUUCUCCCUCUUGCUGGCUGCAUGCCAAGGAGCAUGCAUGCAAGGUCCCUUGAUACCGAAAUCUCAUGCUGGUAAAGAUUUGCCUCCAGAUACAUGUGUUGAUGUAUCUGAUGGGAAAACACAUCUCAUUGGGUCCACUUGGAAUACAGCUCAUUGUUUAAGAUGUGAGUGUGACACAGAUGGAUGGAUGUGCUGCCACAGGUAUGGUGGUCCCAUAAAUGUGCUAGGGUGCAAAACAGUGGUAAAUCCUGUGACAUGUGAACAUGAAUUCUAUAGACUUGAUGACCCAUCGCAGCGCUGUGAUGUCUGAUCUCUUCGCAUGGAUGAACAGAACUAAAU